AUGCCCGAGAUUGCAGAAGUCGCCCGCAUUGUCCACUUUCUUCGCCUCCACCUGGUGGGCAAGAGGAUCGCGAGCGCAUCUGCCGUCGACGACAGCAAUGUGUUCGGCAAAGCGGGCACGACAGCGGCCGCCGUCGAGGCCGCACUGACAGACAACAAGAUUGUUUCCGCCGGGAACCAAGGAAAAUACUUCUGGAUUACGCUGGAAAAGCCGCCACAUUUGGUCAUGCACUUUGGGAUGACAGGAUGGCUCCAUGUCAAGGGAGAAAAGACGGCGUACACAAACUACUACAAAAAGUUGAAAGACGGCGAGCUCGAGCAAUGGCCUCCCAAGUACUGGAAAUUUCACCUCUCGACCCACGGCAAAGACGCUGCCGAGGCGGCUUUCACGGACGCCCGGCGUUUCGGCCGAGUCCGCCUGGUGGACUGCCCGGGCGCCGAUAUCCGGAAAUAUUCCCCGCUGAAGGAAAACGGGCCGGACCCCGUCAUCGACACGGACAGAUUCACCGAGGAGUUCUUGCGUGGCAAGAUGAAAUCCCGCCAUGUUCCGGUCAAGGCCCUCCUUCUCGACCAAGCCGUCAUCAGCGGCAUCGGGAACUGGGUCGCCGACGAGACACUGUUUCAAGCCAAGCUCCAUCCCGAGCAGUACAGCGACACCUUCGCCGAUGUGCAAAUCAAGCAACUGUACGAAUCCAUCAGGCGCGUUUGCCAAACAGCGGUGGACAAGCUGGGGGAUUCGGACGAGUUUCCCAAAGACUGGCUUUUCAAUUACCGCUGGGGAAAAGGCAGCAAGGGCUCGUCACAGGAGCUUCCCAACGGGGAGAAGCUGGCUUUUAUUACUGUUGGUGGCCGGACCAGCUGCUACGCUCCGGGCCUGCAGAAGAAGACAGGGCACGUCGUGCCCGGCGGGAAAGUUGUGGAAAUGUCUCCGGAGGAAAAAGGAGCAGACAAGGAAGAAGUGAGGCCCAAGGUCCUACCCAAGAUCAUGCCCAAGGCAACCGGGACCGGGACACUCAAAGAACCCCCUUCCAAAAAGAGGAAGACGGACAAGGUCAAGAAAGAGAAGGACGAGCUUCCCGGGAUAGAUGUGACCUCGAACAAAAGGCGAUCUACUCGUCUCAUAAAAAACUAA